GGAAUUUCCACUCCGACCCCUACGUGUUCUCGCAGAGUGCCGACUGCCGAUCGUAGUCAGUUGGAUACGCGUAGAGUUGCAGGCGGUUGCGUUUCACUUGGGCGUGACACAGUUUCGUUUCAACGAGUUUUUCUCCCGUGUUUUUUGAGCAAGGAACCACAUACAAGCAACCAUGAGCAACCAGCAGUAUUACCCAUUCAAAUGCACCCCUACCGUGUACCCCGCGGAUCCUUUCGAUCCCGUGGCCGACGCGGCCACCCUGAAGAAGGCGAUGAAAGGUUUCGGCGCCGACGAAAAAGCCAUCAUCGACGUCCUGGCGCGCAGAGGCAUUGUUCAGCGUUUAGAAAUUGCGGAAACUUUCAAGACUUCCUAUGGUAAAGACCUGAUCUCCGAACUCAAAAGCGAAUUGGGCGGCAAAUUCGAGGACGUCAUAGUCGCUCUUAUGACGCCGCUGCCCCAGUUCUACGCCAAAGAAUUGCACGACGCGGUCGCCGGUGUCGGUACCGACGAGGAGGCCAUCAUCGAAAUCUUGUGCACCUUGUCUAAUUACGGAAUCAGGACGAUUGCCCAAUUCUACGAGCAAAUUUACGGCAAGCCGCUCGAAAAGGACCUGAAGGACGACACUUCCGGCCAUUUCAAGCGACUCCUGGUCUCGCUCUGUCAGGCCAAUCGCGACGAAAAUCAGGGCGUCAACGAGCAGCAAGCCACCGCGGACGCGGAAGCGCUCAUCGAAGCCGGCGAGGCCAAGUGGGGUACGGAGGAAUCGAUUUUUAACUCGAUACUGAUAACGAGGAGCUAUCAGCAGCUGAGAGCCACAUUCGGCGAAUACGAAAGGCUGACCGGCAAGGACAUAGAGGAGGUCAUCAAGAAGGAGUUCUCGGGAAGCGUAAAGAAGGGACUCUUGGGCAUCGUGAAGUGCGUCAAGAGCAAGGUGGGGUAUUUUGCGGAACGUCUGCACGACGCGAUGGCCGGACUGGGAACCACCGACAAAACUCUGAUCCGUAUCGUGGUGUCGAGGUCUGAGAUCGACUUGGCCGAUAUCAAGCAAGCGUUCCUGGACAAGUACGGCAAAACGCUCGAGUCGUGGAUCCAGGGUGACACGUCGGGCGACUACAAGCGGGUCCUUCUGGCCAUACUCGACUAACUCCACCCCCCGAAACUAUCCGUCUAAACGCACCUCCGCGCGCCUGCGUGUCAAUUUCCGAAACACACUCAAAUUAAAAAAAAAACUCUUUACGUCCCACGAUUGUAGUUUUUAGCUUUUUCAUCGUCAACUGCCAUCAUUGUUGUAACUGUUGUGUAUAAAAGGAGACGCGCUCGGCUGAGCGCGCCCUCUCGCGUCGUCAUAACGAACUAUCAUAUUUUUGUAACGUGUUGCAGGACGACGUGGGCGGCGACAUCAAGUAUGUCUUGAAGGUCCUCGCUUCCGGAUGUUGAAUACCGCUAAAAAAUUUCUCAGGUGUCCUUACAGCAAAAAAAAAAAAAUUGUUCAAUGUUGUUUAGGUGGCCUUAACGGAAAACGUAUUUAUAAAAUAACCGUAUAGCUUUACGAGGAGACACAGAACUUAUACCGUCGUUUAAUUCUUGUUCUAGAGUCUAUUAAGUGUUAUUCCAUAUAAUUAUAUGUAGGAGGGGGCUGGGUUCGACGGCGAGUAUACCCCGCCUCUGGGGCGCUUGCCGCGUAAUACCGUUUUAUAUGUAUUUUCAUUUUUUAUGUAAACGUUUGUAUAACUUGAAUGUGCUUCUGGUGCUUACAGUAAAAAACAUUGGGAAAAA